AUGCAAAAGAUUCGAGAUUGGCGUUUUCGAUACGAGGCUCAAGGACAGCAGAAAAAGAAAACAGACGAAGUCGUCAAAGAUCUAUUCGCCGUGAGUGCUGACAACACGGAACAUUCGAAAUGGAAUGGAGGUAGGAAUUGAAAUCCAGUAGGAUUACAGGGACAAUUAUCUCUGAAUGUUUGGGCGGAGGAACCGCUUGUUUUCGAAAACUGCCGAAGACGAUGGGUUGCAGCUGGGCCUCCGCCGAGAAGAAGACGGCGACGACGGCGACGCAAGAGAUAAACUGGAAUCGACUAAGUGCCGAAGCGAAGGAGAAGCUGAAGUGGGCGGAGCCGGAGGGGUGGAGUUCUUCCGCCUCACUGCCGAACGUCCUCUCAGAUCUGGCGGUUCAAGUCUCGAGAGCGACCUGAAGAAGCAGAGAUGGUGGCAAUGA